CCUCUGCCGCAGCAGCACAGCCGGUAACCAGAGGAGGGGGUAGCACGGUCGGACGGGAAUGGACCGCACAAGCUAGGCUACUCUACACCGAGGCCGAAAUAGCUCGGUCUUUAGAUAGAUGACAAUAUCACCGAGUGAAAGAGAGAUUACAACUAGAACAAGCCGACUAUUUGUAUAGGCCAGACCCCCUCCUCUCUGUCUCUGUCCAUAGCCUACAGCCUAUUCACAGACAUUUUCCUGUUAAGAGACCUCACUUAGAAGCGGUGGUUAAAAUAUAUCUUCAAACGCAUACAGUUGCUUCAUUUAAAAGCCGAAUUCGGUGAAUCUUAUAGCCGGCUGCCGGAUACAACGCCUCGUCCUGCCGGUUUCCGUAGGCCAGUUGCGUCCCGGUUCGCCCUUCAGCAGCGUCGCCGCGUCCCUGCUGUUCCUCCUGUCAGCUGCUGCGCAUCAGCAAAACAUGCAGGAUGAGCCUGUGGGGGUGACAACCACGCAUUUACCCCCGUCAGCCGAGGAAAAGGACAGCAACAGCAGCACCGUCGGCAAAUCCGGGAAGCGACCGAACCAAACCGACAACUGCGACAGCCAGCUGGGCUCGUUCACAUCGGAUUAUAACCAGGAGAUAGAUUUCCCUGAUUUCAGUCGCGGUCAUUUUUGCCCUACGAAAUCUAUCUUUGACCUUCAGCACAGCCGAAAAAUACAUCAGCAGCUAAGUCAGCCCGCUGAGUUUAGCCCAACAGAGUCGCCCCAACUCCAGGGACGUUUCAGUCACCUGCCGCAAAAGCAGCCCCUCUGUAAGCCUGAGCACAGCGCUGCUGACCCCUGCGGCUCUCCGGUGGAAGAGGCUGAAGCUGAUGCUGCGUCGCCAUCGCCCACUUCCGUAAAUCCAAGCAAGAUCCAAAUGGACUCCCCCAUCGCCCACCAUAUCAAUGGCAAUGGCAGCAGCAGCACCGGCAACAUGUUGUCCGGAGGGCUCAGCGCCGCUUUCCCGAACCUCCCCACCCAGGAGAUCCAGAGCGCCAGUGUAGGCUCGUCUUCUCCUUCCCUCCCUGGCUUCGGCACUCCGUGGUCCGUCCAGACCAGCUCCUCGCCCCCUCCCGCACCCAACUCCAUCAACCCCAUCCACGCGAACGCCAUUAACCAAAUGCCCAACACGGAUUCUGACAACGGCUUCUACCCAGGUAUCCCCUCCUCCAUCAACCCGGCCUUCUUCCAGAGUUUUUCGCCAGUGUCAGCUAAUCCGUGCGCCGGGAUUAAUGUGCAGGGCUUCAGCGGUCCUUUCUCGCCCCAGAUAAACGUCCCUCAGCAGGCACAGAGUCGCAGGUCCCCGGUCAGCCCUCAGAUGCAUCCCCAGCAGGGCGCCUUCCUGCAGCAGAGGAACAACUACAACCAACAUCAGCCUAUGGUGAAGCCGUCUCCCUGGGGCGGACACCAGGGAAAUGGCUGGGGCUCCGGGGGGAUGUCCUGGGGCCGGGACCACCGCAGAGGGAGUGGCAUGGGUGUGCCUGGCUCAGUCAGCCACGUCUCGCCCCUGAAGAAGCCCUUCUCGAGCAACGUCAUCGCUCCUCCCAAGUUCCCACGCUCUGGAGGAUCACUGGGGCCUAAGUCCUGGAUAGAGGAGAACAUGUUUCGCACAGACAACAACAGCAACACCCUGUUGCCCCUGCAGGACCGCUCCAGAAUGUACGACAGUCUGAACAUGCACUCCCUGGAGAGCUCUCUGAUCGACAUCAUGCGAGCUGAGCAGGAUCCCAUGAAAAGCCGUGUGGGAUGCCCUAACCCCGGGGCUGAUGGCCUACUCAUGCUCAAUGCCAGGAGCUAUGGGAGACGUCGAGGCCGCUCCUCCCUCUUCCCUAUUGAUGACAAUCUCCUUGAUGAUGGCCAUGGCAACCAGGGUGUCCCAGGAGUCCUCAGUUCCCCCAAUUGCUACCCCCACCAAAAUGGGGAACGCAUUGAGCGCUUCUCCCGUAAAGUGUUUGUGGGAGGUUUGCCCCCUGACAUAGAUGAAGAUGAAAUAACCUCAAGCUUCCGUCGCUUUGGUCACCUGGUGGUGGACUGGCCCCACAAAGCAGAGAGCAAAUCAUACUUUCCACCUAAAGGAUACGCAUUCCUGCUGUUCCAGGAGGAGAGCUCAGUGCAGGCUCUGAUCGAAGCCUGCAUGGAGGAGGAUGGCAAGCUCUACCUGUGUGUCUCCAGCCCCACCAUCAAGGACAAACCUGUGCAAAUUCGACCUUGGAAUCUGAGCGACAGUGAUUUUGUGAUGGACGGAUCUCAGCCCCUUGAUCCCCGCAAGACCAUCUUUGUGGGAGGCGUCCCUCGUCCACUGAGAGCAAUUGAGCUGGCAAUGAUUAUGGAUCGUCUCUACGGGGGAGUAUGCUACGCAGGAAUUGAUACUGAUCCAGAGCUCAAGUAUCCUAAGGGGGCGGGACGAGUGGCCUUCUCCAAUCAACAGAGUUACAUCGCCGCCAUCAGCGCAAGAUUUGUCCAGCUGCAGCACGGAGACAUCGACAAGCGGGUGGAGGUGAAGCCCUAUGUCCUGGAUGAUCAGCUAUGUGAUGAGUGUCAGGGUGCCCGCUGUGGAGGGAAAUUUGCUCCCUUUUUCUGUGCUAAUGUCACCUGUCUGCAGUACUACUGCGAGUUCUGCUGGGCCAACAUCCACUCCCGCGCCGGGCGAGAGUUUCACAAGCCCCUGGUCAAAGAGGGAGCCGACCGCCCACGCCAGAUUCACUUCCGCUGGAACUAGAGAUGUGACUACAGCCAUGGUGACACAAUCAGAGGGAAGGGAACUGAAACACUGGCUGACAGGAAAAAGAGCAUCGCUCUGCCUCUCCUACUCUCCUAAGCUAUCAGUAUAAUCAAAUACGUAACACUAUACAGUAUAUGUUAUAUACGUAUAUAUCUAUUAUCUUUUGUAGCAGCCAAACACCACAAGCCUCAGUUUUUCACCAAAACCCCCCUCACAUCUCAGGCUCGGACAACUCUUCAACUCUUUUGUGGUACUUUCAUCUUUUCUAAGAGGAGAUUUAAAAAGAGAUUGAUUUUUGUAGGUUUUUAUUAUUAUUAUUAUUGUUAUUAUUAUGAUUAUUAUUAUUAUUUUUGUAUGUGAGAUUUAAAGUAGAUAUGGGAAUGUUUUGCAUGGGGGCAGCUUGUCUGUCUGUUUGUCUGCUGCUAGCCACCCUACAGUGUGUGUAGUGCACACUUGUUUCUGGGAAAACCUUGACUCUCUAAUGUUGACGUCUGCCCCAGGUCAUUAACCAAAGGUAGCCAAAAGAUAAGAUAAGAAAAGCAUAAAAUUGACACAUUUUCUGCCGACAAAAUAGUUGUUUUUCUAAUGCUACCAUGGGCUCUUUCUUUCUUGUUAGAGGGUUUAUCAAAAACAAAGAUGAUAGGGUUGUUUUUGCGCUCAUACUGACCCAUAGAGUGAUACCUCAAGACACUAAAUCUGGUUUCUUGCUAUGUAUUCAACGUUUAUGCUUAACAAGCUAUUUUAGAAGCUUUGCUGCUAUAUAUACAUAUAUAUAAAUAUAUAUGAAUAAAUGUCUAGGUAUUAUAUUUAAUGCCAUUUAAAAACCAGAAUCAUGUUAAAUGAAAUGCAGUAUGCACUCAACAAUUAAUGGCCCCCAUUGCCAUGGAAAGUGCAUGUUAUGACAAUAGGCUUACAUACACAAAUAGCAUAUUUAUAGAUAGAUGUGAGAAAAAAAACAAACCACUGAAAUUAAAUUCAAGACAUAAAAGUCUAGUAGCAUGACCAUCUAUUACAGAAGAGGGGAAAAAAACAGACAAAGCUAAGUACGUAAAAAAAAAAACAUGUUUAAACUUGCAUGCAUUGACGUUUAUCUGUUGUUUGAGCCGUUAACAUAUGUAACGAUACAAAAAAGUGAUACUGGUUCUACUGUAGACUUAGCAGACGCCAUCAUUUUGCGACACAUGAUGGCUUGUAUGGCAAAAAAAAAAAAAAAAAAAAAAUCCUAUUGAGAAGCAGAGUGGUGUUCAGUGGUUUGUGUUUGUGUCGUCCCUGUGCUGUGUGACUGUUUUUAGUGUAGACUGAGGCUCUAGUUUAGUUACCCACAGAUUAUGUAGAGGAGGAUUUAAACAUCAAACUUAGAUCCGCAUUCACUCUUCCUAUCCCGCAUCUUUGUGUGGUUCCAAAGGAUCCAGACCAAACGUAAACAAACAGACUGGAUGGGCUUGGAUUUAACUGGGAGGAGGCUGAAGCUCAUGUUGAUUAAUAAGCUUCUUUAGAAUAUUUUGUAAUGACGGUCAGGCUUUUCUGCUGUGUGGCUGCAGCUCAGUGAAUCCAGGGAAACUCUGGCUCUGUUACAACCAGGACGAUGAGGUCUGUUGGCUCAUGCUGAAGAUGAAGCUCUCCUCUCUUUGUUUGUUUGUUUGUUUGAUUUCCACCCUUGAAUUACUCUUAAAAAAACAAUUUAGGGACAAUCUUUCUGUGAAGACGGUGGCGCAGCCGUCUGUCUGGUACUGUACAAGUGUGUCGCCCUAGUGUCGUCGUGGUUUUUGUGCUCCAUGCCCUGGUGUGUGCUCCUCAGUAUCGGUGUUCAGGCGUCAAGUGUGUACUGUCAUGAAACCUUAAUGAAAUUGAGUCUAAUUUCCUUGUAGUUGAAUCAGAAAAUUUAAUUUGUUUGUGUUAACUACUCAACCUUCACUGGCCCUUCAGUAUGUUUUUCUAAUAUAUAUAUUAUGCACUACUUUUUAUAUCCCCACUCAUUUUGAUUUCUUAUCCACCCCCUUAAGUGAUUUCAGUGCAGAUGUGGAUUCUCUGAAACCUCCACCUAUUUAUAAUUCUACAGAUGAUUUAUUAAAUUUUAUUUUUUCAUGAUUACCUAUUUAAGAUGUAGCGUGAAGCAGUGGUCUUAAGUUAUCUAUAUUCUGUAUGAGUAGAGCAGGAAUCCGACAUGUUCUAAUAUAUUCUAAAGUAGUCUAGAUGUUGUGAGGAGCGGGAAGUCGGCGGAGGUGACGGUGAAGGAGCGCGCUCCCGUCGUGCCCCCCUCCCCCCCAGCCCCGCCCCCUGGCUUCAGUUCUCAUGAUGCGAGCAUGUUUGAAUAUCGUCACCUGUAACACUUGACUCGUGCUGUUUUUGUGAGGUCCUAUUUUCUAUGUUGAACACUGUUACUUUGUUCUGUACGUGUCUUUGUUUUUGUAAAAAUCGUAUUUAUUUCGCUAUUUUUUUAGACAAAAAAAACUAUUUGAUUUUGAUUGUAUUUUUCUAUUUGAAUAGAACUAUUACAUUAUUUACCCCCCCUCUCCAGUGCUUAUUAUGUCCAAAAGUUCUGUUCAGACACAAAGAAUCAUGUCAUUGGAAACAACAUCAAAAUUUUUGAUAUACAGUUGAUUCUUAUUUUGAUACACGACACAUUUCAUUUGAAGGAAGUAAACAUGAAGGUUUUAUUAUAUUCUUGGAAGACACUUGAGACCCCCCCUGUUGCAUCGAGGCCCCAGCUGCCUGUCCUCGUAGAUGCUCUGAAACUUGAAUAUAACACAUUUUGAAAGGCUGACUAACCUCGAAUCUGUGUUGUGAUGUGCAAUACUGUUUCUAAUGUUUGUAUAAAAGUAAGAACUACAGUGUAAACCUUUUUAAUGCAGAUUUAUUUUUUUCAUUGCAUAUUUUGCAGAUUUCUGAUCCACAGUGUCAUUUUUUACUGUCAGAAAAAAUAAACCCCGUUUUUUCAUUGCAACUAUUUUUAAAUCCAGAUAUCUUUGUACUGAUGUAAAUGAUUGUAGUUAUUUUGGAUAGUGUUUUGCUAACAAAAGGAGAGACUUUUUCAUGCAUAUUUCUAUUUCAUUUCAUCUUGUUUUAUCCCACGUUUUAUUUAAUUUAAUAGCAGAAUUCUUGGAAUAAUUUUUCAUAUUUAAAUGUCAUUGGUAUUAUUUUGUAUUUUUAUGUGGAAAUACACUAUAUAUAAACUUAAAAUGCUAAUUGCUAAGAUAUUAUUUUGAGUUUAAUUAUUUUUAAAGCUAAAUAUUUGUAAUUUUAUUGUUAAAGUGGCUAAUUUCUAAAUCAGAGUUUGUGUAUAGAUUCACAGAAGUGGUUUAUGAGGUGUUUGGAUUGUAAUUAUUACUGAAUGGUUCUUUGAUAUGCAAAAUGAAUAUCAUGUUUAUUUUUAUUUUUGUUGGUUUUGUAUUUAAAUGGGGUGUUGAUUACAAUCUUUUUUUUUUCUUUCACUUCCUGAAUAAAGACCCAUUCUGUUUGGACACAA